GUAGGAAACCUGUUCGGCUCACAUCGCUCCACCAUCAUCACUCUCUACAACGGGGCCUUCGACUCUUCCUCAGCACUCUUCCUCGUCAUCAAGUUGUUACACGAGUCUGGCAUCUCUCUCCGCUCUUCCUUCUUCUUUCUGUCCGCAUGCGGCAUCAUUCAUCUGGUCAGGACUUUCUUCCUGCUGCCCAGAAAAUUCAUUCCCUACCCGCUGCCUGAUCAUUACACAUACGGGAUAACUUGUGGUAAACAGACAGAGCAGACAACAGCGAACGGUAGCGCAGAGAGGACCGUAGAGGAAACGCCACUCGACAAGGACGUCCCUGUGAAACAAGAGAAGAGUUUCCGGGAGUGUUUUCUCUCCUGGUUCUUUGUGUGGCACCUGCUUUGGUUGUCGGUGAUGCAGCUCAGACAUUACCUGUUUAUCGGCACCCUCAACCCCAUGCUGCAUCGUCUGACAGCAGGAGAGCCUUCGCUGGUGAGCCAGUACACCAAUGCCUUUGCUAUAACGCAGCUGUGCGGCGUGCUGUGUGCUCCCUGGAACGGUCUCAUAAUGGACAGACACAAGGGCAAAUCUCGGGCUGCAGGGGAGAGUGAACGGGAAGCAGACCUGCGGGCAUCUGUGCUUUCCCUCUUCCUGACGGCGCUGCAGUGCGUGUUGUUCUCAGUUUGUGCCACCACCCCGUACCUGCCGCUACAGUACCUCACCUUCAUCCUGCAGGUGCUCAACCGCUCCUUCCUCUACGGCGGCAAUGCGGCCUUUAUCAGUGUAGCUUUCCCAUCACGCCACUUUGGGAAGCUGUAUGGUCUGGUCAUGGCUCUGUCUGCAGUGUUUUCUCUGCUACAGUAUCCCUUCUUUGCCCUGGUGAAAGGAGUGUUGAAUGGAGACCCUUUAUAUGUGAACAUCGGUCUGACGCUGCUCAGCCUGCUCGCCUUCAUCCAUCCGCUCUCUGUUUACCUGCACUGUCGAAGUCUUGCCUCCCAGCGAUCCAAGAGCAACGCCUCCUCUUAAAGUCUUUAAAAUCAGACCAUGAACUCGCACUUAAAAAGGCCUUAAUAUCACCAGUGUUACCUCUUCAGUUUGUUUGAUUAAUAGUGUUUUGUAUGUCUAUGUUGUGUUGCCAUACAGAUCCUGUUUGGAAAGCAAACAUCUCUAGCAACUGUGAGCUUUGUUUGUUCUGUGUACAGUUAAAAUUCCUAAUUCUGGCUGCUGUCAUUCUACUUAUCCAUGACUGUGAUGUGUCUCGUUUUUCUUCUUUUAUACAAUUUAACAUAAGCAUUUUUUUAUAUUCUGUGUUAACGCUAGUCACCUAUCACACCAUGGUUAUGGUGGUUUCAGAGUGCCAAAAGAUAACUUUAUUGUAAAAAAGCUGAAGAUGUUACUGUAAUGUUUAUAUCGCUGUGGACCUCUUCAUGUUAUCUCUCUCUCUCUCUCUCUCUCUCUCUCUCUCUCUCUCUCUCUCUCUCUCUCUCUCUCUCUCGCUCUAUAUAUAUAUAUAUUUCUUUUCUUUUUUUUUUAUCACUGUUGGUAUACGACCAACAGUGUUAAGUCUAGUGACUGCAUGAGGGACACUUCCGAUCAGUGACAUGUACAGUGUAAAAGAAAAUAGCUCUAUGCUAAUUCUUUGGUGUAAAAACAGCUCAGUGAAGCCGCUUUGUCAGGACAAAGGUCCUGUUUGCCUUCUGAUGUCUCACUGAUUGCUUUACCAUGUGAGUUCAGAUACUGUCCUGUACUGUACUGUUCAAUUACAACAGGCAACACAGCUCUGCCACCUGCUGGCCUAUUAGUUUAGGUGUUAGCUGCUAAUCUCACUAUUGGCCCCAAACAUUAACCUACAGUAACAUAUGACAUCUCAGGUGUUGUUGUCUGUGAAGUUCAGUAGAAGGAUUUGGUGCCAUGAAGGAUUCUGUUUUUUAAUGAAAAGACAAGUGAUCAUAUGUAAUGGAUUACAAAGGGAAAUAUGUACCUUUUUUAACCAGCAUGUUUGUUGUAGGUCGACUGUAUAUUUUGUGGUGCUCAAAUGGUGGAAACAUUUCUAUUAAUAUGCAAACUCAUUGUGCUGCACCACAUGAAAUGUAUCUUUUGAUAUGAACUUUAGGAUGUAGUAAAGGGCAUUAUUACAUUUUGAUGUUUACUUUUACUAUUAAAAUAAACAUUCAAGUGAUAUCUAAAGGCUGAA